AUGGCGGCCAUAAUCUGCAGUACUUCUUUAGGAAGAAUCGUCCAUUGGCUUUCUGGUGGCCGGCUCUUGAGAUUUCCUGAAGAGGAGCCUGGAUUCUGUCUGUCACCAGCAUAUUCCACAGCGACGAGGUCAAAAGGUCCUUCCAAAUGGCUCGUUCCGGAAACUACCACUGACGGAAUGAUACUUGUGGAUUGGUAUUCUGAUGAUGACCCGGCAAAUCCGCAAAAUUGGCCUCGCUGGGCCAAGAUCAUGACCUAUAUUCAGAUAAAUUUUUACACUUUCGUCGUGUACAUGUCAUCCGCGGCGUUCACCCCAGCAGAAGUGGCAUUUCAGGCCGAAUAUGGUGUGUCCUCAUCGGUGGGCUCACUUGGCAUGGCCCUGGUUCUUCUGGGUUAUGGGAUAGGACCCUUACUCUUUGGCCCUUUAUCCGACAAACCGUCUAUAGGCCGCAAUCCACCCUAUGUAAUCUCGUUCGCAAUCUUCCUGAUAGUCAGUGUCCUCGCAGCCGUUGUCAAUAAUGUCCCUGGGUUUCUUUUUCUACGCUUUGCCCAAGGCUUCUUCGGGUCACCAUGUUUGGCAACGGGUCCGGCUUCCUUCGCGGACAUCACAAAUCUUGUCAACCUACCUAGCGGAUUAUGGAUCUGGGGGGUAUGUGCAGUGUCUGCCCCUACCGUGGCUCCAACGUUGGCAAGUUUAUGUGUCGCGUCAAAAGGGUGGCACUGGAGCAUGUGGCUGAUCGUCUGGUUUGCCGCGCCCUGCUUUUUGCUUCUGAUUUUUCUACCGGAAACGUUCGGCCCAACUAUUCUAUACCAACGCGCCAGGCGGCUACGGACUUUGACUGGCAAUGAAGCGUUCAGAUCCAGUUCCGAUGUGAACCACACGGGGCUAUCUCAAGAGACAUUGUAUGACUUUCUUGUGAUUCCAUGGAAGAUAAACGCCUUUGAUCCCGCCAUUCUGUUCACUACGCUUUACACCGCACUGGUUUAUGCCAUUUUCUAUUCCUUCUUCGAAGCAGUCCCUCUGGUAUACCAAGGUGUAUACGCGAUGAGCCUACUACAAACCGGCGCAAUAUUCCUAACCGCCAUAGUGGCCGUGUUAUUCACCACACCAUUCUACCUAGCGAUUACUCACUACACAAUCAGCCGUCCAGUCAAAGCCGGAAAAAUGCCCUCGCCCGAACAAAGACUCAUACCCGGACUCCUCGGCUCACUAGUCGUUCCAGCAGGAAUGUUUCUUUUCGCCUGGACUUCGAGCACAGCAUUCCAUUGGAUUGUACCCACUAUAGGCUUUUUACUUUUUAUGAUCGGCAUGCCCACUCUCCUCCAGUCUAUGUUCGCCUACAUGUCUGUCUCGUAUGGAAGAUACGCGGGCAGUCUUUUCGCUAUGAAUGACUUUGCACGGUCUGUUCUUGCCUUUGCGUCUAUUCUUUGGUCGACGCCGCUUUAUGUUAAUCUUGGGAUUGAUAAAGGUGCGAGUUUGAUUGGGGCGUUGACGGUGGUGUGUGUUUUUGGGAUUUUUGGUUUGUACUGGUUUGGGGCUACAUUGAGGAAGCGAAGUCGUUUUGCGGAGUAUGAGACGGAUUAA